AUUUCUUAAUUCCCAAUUUAUAAACCCUAGAUCUUCUCUUACGGCAACCUUCAAUCUUAAUUCCGUGUGAAUACUCUCUUAGUUUCCAGUUCAAUACAUUGUUUAAAUUCUGCUGCAUCUAGUUUAAUUAGGAAUUUGAGCGCUGGUUCUUGAUUUUGUCAUGUUUUGGUUGGAUUUUAGGCUCCCAUUCGUUAUCUGGCGUGCUUAUCAAUUUCAACAGUGAAGAAUUGGAUUGAAUAAAGUGAAAAUUCUGCUUUUUUAGGUUUAAUUUUAGGUAAAUUUUAUUUGGUAUACUGAAGAGCAAAUUCUGGGAUAAGAUGAGUUCUAUAAGUGAAUCAAAGUCACCCCAUAAAAUGUAGAUAGUCUUACCCUAGAAUUUUGCUCUGGAACGAAGUUACCGAAGCUUUAUCUAGAAAAGUAUUGAUCAUAAGUACUUCUGAUUAAGGAAUCUGAGUCUUUUGUUGUAUUUAGGGUUUCUUUUUUCAAGUUGGGAUUCUGCACAUUGAGUCUUCAACACCCCAUCCUACCCAAAAUGGAUAUUGAUAUAUUGGGUAUGAUUUACGGCAUCGUGUACGAAAAAAGUAUUGAACGUUUGAUUUAAUGAAAUAGAAUGAUAAUAAUUUUGACUGCUGUGAAGAAUUUUCGAGUGUCCUAGUGUUUGAUUGUAUGUAAAAAUCCAAGGGAGGGAUGUGUUUAGCUUGGAAUUGAUGAGGAGCUGGAGUAAUUGAGAAUGGCAGUGGUCACCUGGGACAAGUGAUAUUGUGUUCUUUCUUUCAGAAAAGCCAAAUUGGUUGUCAUACCAGAACAAGCCUUCUCUUUUAUGAAUACCAAUAUUUUGUAACUUGUAGCCUUUUGUGUUUCUUGAACAUCUUUGUGACCUGAGUUACCCGCUAUCAAGUGUCUACUUCCAAGUUCACAUUCAAGUGACUUUUGGAGGAGAAGAUGGAAAAUAUGCGUUAUGCUGAGGAGCUAGUAAGAGAAUUUCUUGUAUUCAGAGGUUUCACUAGUACACUACAAGCUUUUGAGAUGGAACUAAAUAUGGAUGUUGGGAAAGGUUUUCAAGUGGACAAGAUACUUGACUUGAUUUUCUCAAAAUAUAUACCUAAGUUUGAGCCUGAGAAAUUGGUUGGCCUCCUUAGUUUCUUUAAGCAGUGUAUUUCUUCCUCCGAGACAGUGUUUUAUGCUACACUGUCCAAACUGGAGGCCUCUAUUCUCCGCUAUUAUAUAGUACAUGCUGUUCGUUCAGGAAGGAAUGACAAGGUCAAGGAGUUUUUUGAUAUGCUGGGUGAUGACUUGCAGCAAAAAGGAGACGACUGGACUCCAUGGUUUGCUAUGCCCUACCUAAAGAAUCCUGCUUUAGAUCCUCAGUUUCGCAUUUAUUUCUCAAAGGAGUGGUUGGAUGCUUUGCAUCUUUCACUAAGGAAUUUUCUGAGCCAGAUGUUUAGUGGAACUCGCAUUCCUGCUUUAAUGAAGAUAAGCACUGAGAAGAGCACUAUCAACCGUCUCAGAAAAGACAUUAAGCAGCUAAAUUUGAAGUUAUCACAACUUCAGGCUGUCCUGGAAGAAAGGGAGGCUCAACUACAUCAGCUUAGAUGUGGUACUGUGUUAAUGGGACAAGAAGAUAACUCUGUGAAAAGUGCUUCUGUGGUUUCUGAAGAGGCAAGUCUAUCCACUACAUCUAAAAGUGAGCUUGAAACUGGAUUCCAGAGCCAUGAAGUGGUUGGAUGUUCGGAUUUGUCCAACACGACUGCCUACAAUGCUGAUCAUGCCCCAAGUUCUUCUGGAAAUCCACCAGUUAGCAGUGAUCAUAAUGGAAUCCGUGUUUCCAAAUAUGGAUUAUAUAGUGAAAAGUCGGCUGUGGUCCUAGGUGAGGAAGAAUUUUCAGAAGUAAAAGUGCAGUUUCAGGAAACAUUUCUGGGGCAUACAAGUCCCAUAAGUAGGUCCCGCUUUUCAGCAUCUGGGGAUAAUAUUGCAAGUGCUUCUACAGAUGGGACAGUCAGGAUUUGGACGUAUGACUCAUCCACGCCAGGAUCUAGAAACGCCACCAUAUAUUGUGGAGCGGAAAUUCUGUCUCUUGACUGGGAUUGUAAGUCUGAUCGCUUGCUUCUGAUAGGCACUGCUGAGGGAGGCAUCAAGGCAUGGAAUGUGGAUGCAAAAAGAGUCGUUUGUGAUCUCAGCACUGGUCAAACAUUUCGAAGGGUACUAGAUAUAAAAUGCAGCCCUUUGGAACCCAUUUUUGUUUCUGCAGCUGCAUCUGAAGGGGAUGAAACAACACAUGCUAACACCAUGGGAUAUGCUUCACUAACUGUUUGGAACAUGAAGACGUGGAAGCCUGUGACAGUCCUUCCGCUUGGUGAAGAGCCCCCAGCGAUAACCUCUAUGUGCUUCAAUCACAAUGGAAAGAUUUUAGCUGCUGCUGCUGUUGAUGGGAUGAUUCACAUGUUUGACAUGUCUGCGGGUCUGCAAAUUACUGGAUGGCCAGCUCACGAUUGUUCCAUCAGCUCCAUUCUUUUCGGACAUGAUGAGACAAGUAUAUUUACUUUGGGAUCGGAUGGAAAAGUAUUUGAAUGGAGCUUACAAAAUCAAGGUCGAGUUGUCUGGUCAGCAGAUUGCAGCAGGUUCUGCAAUCCUGAUACCUCGAAACACUGCCGUCAUGAAAUGGCGCUGGACUGUACUGGAAAGAGACUGCUAGUGACCUCUGAUUUAGUACGAUCACCCAUGUAUCAGGUUGGAAGUCUUGCAAACGGAUCAAAAACUCUACCACACAGUGCUGCUGUGACAACUGUCGAUUGGCAUCCGACCCUACCUAUAUAUCUUACUGGUUCUGGUGAUAAUUCAGUUCGUGUUACAUCCAUUUUGUAAGAAAUCAUAUUUAUGCCUAAUUGGGCAAUAGUACAGGUUCUUAUCUGUUCUCUAGUUACAGCCUAAAAGGUAUGGAAUUUGGCUUGGAAAAUCUUAUUUUUCUUGUUAUAACUAGAUGCAUGUUUGUAGGAACCUUUUUUUUUUCUUUACUCCACAAAGAUGAAUUUCCAGAA